CCAUGUAGGUUUUCUAUUUUCUAUUUGUGUUUCAUUCAUUGAGAGAAAUUAUCCACCUUUUGUAUAUGCAGUACAAGCCUUAUAGGCAUUAGCUGUACACUUCAAAAGUAGAUGACUCUGAAAUUGGAAUCUGAUUAGGGCUUUUAAUCCCAGAAUAAUUAAAAGGCUAUUUACGUCUUUUUAAUUAGUUUGAGCACCUGGAGCAUUUUAGAUAAUCGUAAAUACUAAGACUCAGCUGAAGAUUUUGACACCGUUUAAGAUUUAAAAACAAAUAAGCAUAUUCAAAGGAUUUUUUUUUUUUUUUUGGACAUUAGAAAAGAAAGCCCAUGGGGACCAUCAAUGCAAGAAUUUGUUUUAUUUUGAAAGGCUUAACAGGAAGCUUUAUGGUGUACUUCGUUGUUUUGUAAUUCUUAAAGGAGUAGUCUGUUUUUUCAUCUUUUCCAACUUUUCCAGACAUUUUUUUUACAACUAUAAUUUUGUCCUCGGCGAAGAAGUCUGCUGUAAACUGUGUGUCUAUUACCAAGCUGCGUCGUUAGAUUAAGACAACCAGGAACGAUGUUCUUGUGCGCUACACACCCUCAUACAUUUAUUGCGAAUAAAGCAAAGUCAAAUAAAUAUUUAGAAGAUUUUAGCCGCGGCACAAUGCAGAAACAAGACGGACAGUUAGCUAGGCGCUGGUAGCUCACUAAAUUACGGAUGUUUCGGGUACACUUAAUCGCACAAAGGCGGACAUUAUGCUCGUUUUUCUUUCAUAUCAAAGUUUUGUGUUUGUUUUCGCUCUUUUUGAAUGUUGGCUGCGGUCACGACGUGAAACUGUGCGACGGUGUCACCGAGGACAAUGAUGAACAUUAUUGCUAUAACGGUACCUCUGUGGGUACAAAAUGGGACACGACACCUUUUACCUCAGGGAAAUAUGGCAACCUUUGCACCCUUCAUGCAAAGCAUCAAGACCAAGAAGGAACGUCAGCCGGCCUGGCGAUGCUCAGGAUUAAUGGUAAAAUGGACAACGGGCUCCUGUCUGUUUAUGGAUGGGGCCCACCUUCGUCGUCGGCUCCCCUAGGGCCCUGGGGACACUCCAUUUACUCCUCCUUUAGCUACGUUUCAAACAUGUUGCACCUCAGAAAGAGCAGAAGCACACUCAUCAGACACACCCCACACCAGCCUCCUCCUCAGGUUCAGAAUGUUGCACCUCCAUUCUUCUUCGAGGUUAGAUUUUAUAAGUGCGCCCAGGUGAAGCCCGACACCGAUCCCCCCCAGUUGACGUUCUUCCUGCUGAUCCACAAUCUGAGCCCCCAGGGCGGGACCAACCUGUCUCAGGUGGCCGUACGAGACUCCAUAUCUGGGAUCAAACCCAUCAAAACUGAAGGCAGGGUCGUCGAAAGAGGCUACCAGACAUUUGCUAUCGAUUCACUGCUGGCCGGAUCUCGUGUUGUGGUUAAUUACACCGCUCACGUAAGGAGUCACAAGAAUGAGCUCCUUGAUCUUCCUGCUUUCCUGACCUUCUCCAAUGCAUCACAGAAUGACGUCAGUAUGUUUGGGCCACAGAGGGCCAAUCUGACACUGACAGUAAAUUCAACUGAUAGGAUUUAUCCCAACCAUGGAGUCCAUUUUGCUGGAUUCGUUGCUGGUUUCUUCAUCACACUGGUGCUGCUGUUGCUGGGGGUACUCGCCAUUAAAUUCACCAGUUCCAGGGAAAGAUUUUGCCUUUUUCAGCAAAAGAGAAUCAGAUGCCAUUUGGACCCCGAGUAUGCAGAGUCCAGCAUGAGUGAGACAAUCAAAGACGAGGCUGCAUUUGAGGACAAGAUGGUGGACGUCAUGGUGCUGGAGGAUCCACAGAACAUGUACCAAGCUCUGGAUAACCUUGAAACGUCUUCCCUGCUGCAAGCCUCCAGUAACCUGGAGGCCACCCGCAUUCAGAUGUACAAAGACCUGAUGUCCUGCUUGCUAGGGGGGCUGCGGUCACGGGCCCAGAUCAGCGCCCAGGCCCAGCAGAGGCUGCUCAGUGUGGUUCACGGGCAGCUGCUCGGAAUGGAGGGCCGCCUGAAGGAGGAACGUGGCGCCCGCAUGGCUGCCCUGGCCGGACGGUGCAACCUGGAAACGCACGAAGAGAUGGAGGCGGAGCAUCAGGAGCAAGCAGCUGAAAAGGCCCAGGUCGAGAGACUUCGUCAGCACGCGGACCAGCAGGAGUUUCUCCAAUGCAGCCGCCUCCUGGAGAAGCUACACAAGCAGAGCCAGAGUCACCUUCGCCGCGUCCUCUUGGUCCGGCAUGAAGAUGCUUCAGCGAAAGUCCAGAGAGAGAUCAUCGAGUGGCGGCGGGUGGAGCUGCACAAGAUCUUCUCAGAAGAGCUGGAGGAGGCCAUGAGGAUGGGCGAGUUGGAGAAGAGCACAGCAAAGAGACUGCAGCAUGAGUACUUCGCUUGUCAGGAUCAGCUGGAGGAAGUGCUGGAUGUGGUUGUUGCCAAUCAGCGGUACGUCCUGGCUGAACGCAGCGCUCAGAGGAAGUUCCUGGUGCACAGCCUGCACAGCCUGGAGGACCUGAUCUCCGAAACGUUCUCCAGCGCCUCCAGCAACCUGGACAGCUGGUUCUCCCACAUCAAGAGGGGGAGCGCUGUACCUUCAGAGCAGCUGGACCAGCUGCAAGAAAAGGCCCAGAAAGACGUCGUCAUGGUGAGGCAAAGACUGGAUGAGACCCUGAACCAGGAGAAGAGAGCGAUGCACUGUGGACUGAUCAAUAAGAGGAGAGAGCUCAUCUCGAACAUGUUGAGGGUCCACAAGCAGAGACAGAGGGAUUUGUCCAGCAUCACCAAAAGUCUGGAAGAGAAGAUGGACGAAGUGCACCAUCUGCAGUGUUGGCAGAACUUACUGACCGCUCACAGCCUGGAGCUUGCAGAGCUCAUCAACAGUCUGGAUGAGGAGGCUGCUGCCGACAUCCGCAAGGUGACAAUGCGAGGGAUCCAGGGAGUGAUGGCUGAUGUGAAAGCCAUCCAGCCUGCCGCGGCUCAGGCCGUGCUGACACUGCUGCCGCCGGGUGCCAAACACCCCGUGCUGCAGGUGGAACCCGAGGCGGGGCCUGGCAAGUCUGCUGGGCAAGGGGGCGGUACUCUUCUGCAGGGCCAGGAGAGGCUUCAUCAGGAAGGCAAGGCGGCGCUGCGCACCCUCAGCUGCACCAGGCAGUCUCUGCAGGAAGGCAUGGAGCAGGAGCUGCAGGAACAGAAGGAGCUCAGGGCUCACUGGAGAGAUUUCUUUCGGUGUCUGUGUUCGUCUCAGCUGACGCUGUCUGAGGACGACCGGCUCAGGAUGAAGCUGGAGUUUCAGAAGAGUCUGUCUGUAAUAGACCGCUGUCUGGUGCUUCCCCACGCCGUCUCCAGAACUAAACUCCAUGCUGCUCUGGCUGAAUGGAGAGCAAAGAGCGAAGAGGAGAUGGAAAAUAUGCAAUCCAAGGGGAAAAGCACAGAGGCCAGAAAGAAAGCAGAUACAUCUGAGGUGGUGCGUUUCCAAAAACGGCUCCAGGACAGGAUUGAUCUGUUUGAGAAAGAAAGGCAGAUGGAGAACAGUGUUAUGAACAAGGUGAUGGAGGAGAUGCAGAGGGAGAGGGAAGACUAUCUGCUCUGUCAGGCAGACAACCUGGCAAUGCAGAUGGCUACAAUCGUCUUCCAGAAGGCUGAGCGCUGGACCAGAGUGCUGGAGACGUCCAAGGCCAUGGUCACCCUGCAAAGCCAGCUCAUCCAACAGCUCCGGGAGAGAAAUAUCUCAGAACUGCAGGAUGUGGCUCAGAGUAUACACAGCCACUGCUUGAGCCUAGAAGAAGCAGAACAGCAGCUUCAGUCGGAGAGGACAGAGCUGGACAGGCUGGGUGUACCGUCACACAAGAUCCAGACCGUCUUUGAGGGAGAGGAGGCCAGAGAGGAAGAUGACGUGUUCGAGGUCCAGCCCGACUGCAGCAUGACGUCCAUCCUUCAGGACGCGCUUCACAAGUCUGAGCAGGUUGUUGCUUUGACGUUUGAAAGGUUUCAAGAGAUUUCCACCAGCAAUCAAGUCAAGGAAGAAUUAAAAGAACAAAUCGAGCUCAAAAGGCUUUACUCAAACUGUGACCAGGACCUGGAGUUCGCCUCCCAGCUGGUGAAGCAGAGUCGCGUCUCCAACGACGUUCUCCUGGAGGUCCUGCGUCUCCUCCUCCCAAGUCUGCCUGAGAGUGAGCUUCUCUCGCUCAGCGACGCGCUCUGCCGCAAACGACGUCCCGCUUCUGCUUUUGCAGAGCAAGAGCGCUCCGGCUGUGCCGGGGAGCAGAACAGAGCCGUUCCUGUCAGGCUGAGAGAAAUUGCGGUGCGGAAAACCAUCGUUAAUACGCCAAAUGGCGCUGUGGAAAGAGAGAGGCUGGAGGAAAAGAGGCGGAGCGCGGUGGAAAAGCUGCUCCCUAGAUCCCAUCUCCUGCGUCCCAGAGAUGACAGACUGUCGUCGCUAGCUAACGACAGAGGCGCGCAGGAUGUUUUGACGCCAGCCGCGCUCGUUCCGCAGCUGCGGAGCGACACGGCGGAGGAAACGGCGCACUGCCUUGCAGGGGAAAGCGUGACCUCAGAUUGCGGUGCAGCGGGCAGCCUUGCCUCCGGAGAACGCUUGUUUGUGUUUCGGGAUCCACCUGAAUCCAGCAACUCUGUUGUCGUCCCAGAAAGGAAAAAGAAGAGGAAUUUUCUCAAUUUCAAGAAAGGCUCAGUUGCUCCUGCAACCUGAGGCGAACACAGUGCCUUUUCUAAUGUUUAUGUUGUAAAAACAUGUAUAGAAAAAGUCACCAAUAAAUUCAUAGUUUUACUUUGGAGCUGAAAGAGCAUAUUUUUGUACUUUUCAUCAUGUAUGCAGCAUCUGGCUUUGUUUCAAUUAAAGGCAGCUGACGUUU